CAAACGUUUAGUGGGUGUUGUUAAAAGGAAAGACCAUGUAACUAGGGUUGGGUAUCGAGUAUCGAUUGGAACUGGGACUAACUUUCCGAUUCUCCCGGAAUCGUUCAAAAGUUUAAAUUUCGAUUCCUAGUUUCGAUACCCAGUCCGCCGACCGGAAAAAAAGAAUAAGUCCGCCGACCGGAAGAAGAAGCCGCUGAACAUCAACGAAGAAGCGCCCACCGCCGGAAGUGUUAGCAUAGCCGAGCCUAUGUAGCCGAGCAAGUCAGUCAAGCAUGGAGAGCGGGCGUCGGCGGUCGAAAGUGUGGCUUUAUUUUACUAAAAAAAAUUAAAUAUCGGCGAAAUGUAACACGUGCGACAGGACUGUUUCGGGCUUAGGAGGGUGCACGUUGAACAUGAUGAAGCACCUCCGAGUUCAUGGAGUACAAAUAAAUGCGUGUCCCGUCUUCGACGCGCUGCGCCGACCGUCCUCCUCUGGCUCCGACGCCCAGCCUGGCACCUCGGUGACUGCACUGCAGUCCGAAUCCGACAAUUUACAACCUGCUAGCCAGGCUCCGCGAUGUGCUCAGCGUACUCCGUUCACCGUAGCGGCAAUGGGGAAGAUGUCGGUGCCACAGACGGAAGAGUGCCACAGAAAGGUCACUGCACACAUAGUCAAAAGACUGCAUCCCUUUUCAGGGGUGGAAUCUCCAACAUUUAGGGAUAUGGUGAAAACUCUCAACCCAAAAUACAUACCACCUUCCAGGGACUACCUGUCAAACACAUUGAUCCCGGCAUGGUAUAAGAAGAAUCGGAACCGAGAAUCGUCAGGAAUCGGAAUCGAAACAAAGAAUCGGAAUCGUGGCGAGCGUAGCUGUGGAGUACAUGAGUUGAUCUGCGUGAGAAAAGUCUCUCCAGAGGUGCUGGGCUUUCUGACAGCCAUCGGACUCUUCAUCACUCUCAUGACUCUCAUCUUCUGGUACCUCAACAACAAGUCCAUGCUGGAGAAAGCAGGAAGCCUUCAGUGCCUCGACGACUUCAGGAAGAACACAGACUUGCCAGAAAAUGUUUAUGCUGACGACGACCAGCAGGGCUCCUCGUCAGACAGCGAGGAUGAACUGAUGGGUCAGUACCAGAAAGCCGUCAGUCGAGCCCAAGGCCUCAGAGGGUCCAACGUGUGCAGUAACGUCAAACCUGCGGCAAGGUUCCGCUGGGAGAGCCGGCAGAAGUACAGCCCCCUGACGGCCAAAUAUGACGGCUACUGCAGUGACGCCUCCGCGGAUGACGCCAACUGCAUCCAGAGGAUGAGGCGCACACCCCCGCUGGAUGAACUCCAACCUCCGCCCUACCAGGAUGAGAACGGCUCCCCCCGCAUGUCCUGCACCCUCUCGGACCCGGGUGACGCCAAGUGUGAUCUCUCCCAAACCAGUGGCAGCCCCCACCUUUCUUUCCGCAAAUGCACCAGCGAGGGAAGCGACGGCCACGAGACGGAAAGUUACCUGAACAAGGGCUACGAGGAGGACGUGCCCAGCGACAGCACGGCAGUUCUCAGUCCCGAGGAGAUGUCAGCCCGUGGUUCAGCAGCACAGCUCCUUAAAGGCUACGAACCAGAUGCACACGCCAAGUACGGCACCCUGGACGUGGUCUUUGACUACGAUCCAGAGGAGCAGCAGCUGGCCGUGACCGUCAUGGCGGCCACAGACCUCCCCGUCCUAAAGCACACCGGCAACAUCUCCUGGCAAGUCCACCUGGUGCUGCUGCCGGGCAAAAAGCAGAGGGCAAAGACGGGAAUCCAGAGAGGCCCGUGCCCUCUUUUCACAGAGACCUUCCACUUCUGCCGCAUGGAGUCCGAGAUGGUCGGCAACUACGCCAUCAGAUUUCGCCUUUACAGCAUGCGGCGGAUGAAGAAGGAGAAAGUUCUGGGGGAGAACGUCUUCUACCUCACCAAGCUCAACCUUCAGGGGAAAAUGUCCGUGCCGGUGAUAUUAGACCCGUGCUGCACAUAUCAGGGUGCAGAGUCCCAGGUCAGUGUGUCAGACAUGACCUGCAGUGACUUGUCCUUCCCGUCAGUGAGUCAGACGUCCACACCUGAGAUCCUGGUGGGUCUGGUCUACAACGCCACCACAGGACGUCUCUCAGUGGAGGUCAUUAAGGGCAUCCAUUUCAAGAACCUUGCUGCCAACAAGCCACCCAACGGCCUGUUCUGUUGCCUCAAACACUUAAUUGGUGGACAGGUUUAUAUAAUCAGAGACACCUAUGUCAAGCUGACCUUACUGAACUCCAUGGGCCAGGAGAUGUCCAGGUGCAAGACCUCCAUCUGCCGGGGCCAGCCCAACCCCACCUACAAGGAGACCUUUGUCUUCCAGGUGGCCCUCUUCCAGCUGUCCGACGUCACGCUCAUCCUGUCCGUCUACAACAAGCGCAGCAUGAAGCGCAAGGAGAUGAUCGGCUGGAUCUCCCUGGGCCUCAACAGCUCCGGCGAGGAGGAGCUCAGCCACUGGACUCUGAUGAAGGAGUCCAAAGGACAGCAGGUCUGCCGCUGGCACAGUCUGCUGGAGUCUUAGCGGCAGGACGGACUUCACACGUGGUCUCAGCAGGGUAAGGAAUACAAUCCUGAGAAGUGGGGGUGGUGGAAGGAGCACAACCAAGUCCUUGUGUCUGGG